AUGACUAAAAACGGCGGAUCAAAAACUGAAGAAGGAAACACAAGCGGAGAGAAGAACGAGAUGGCGAAGAUUACGAGUGGAGAGAAGAAAGACAUGGGACCAAUUUAUCAGUUGGCCGCCAAUGAAAAUCUAGGAGCUGUGAUUGCACAAGUGCAAUUCAAUGGAGACAACUUUGAUGAAUGGGCUCAAGCAAUGAGAACAGCGUUGCGAGUCAAGAAGAAAUACGAAUUCGUUGAUGGAUCUGUACCGAAACCAGAUGAAAACAGUGCAGAGUUCGAAGAUUGGACUUCGGCGAGUUCUAUGGUGGCACUUUGGAUCCUUAAUACCAUUGAGCCAAAGGUGAGGCGAACUCUGGCCAACAAAGAAGAUCCAACAGAGCUCUGGCAAGAAAUCAAGGAUCGAUUCUCCGAGGGAAACGGUCCGAGAAUUCAAGAGAUCAAAACAGAGCUUGCUAACCUUCGACAAGGAGGUAUGACGGUGAUUGAUUACUACGGAAAACUACAGAUGCUAUGGGAUGAUCUGAUGAACUAUGAGCCGACGCUCACAUGCAAGUGUGGAAAAUGCACCUGCAAUCUGAACCUGCAAAUCGAGAAGAAAAAAGAGGAUGAUAAGAUUCAUCAGUUUCUCUUGGGAUUAGAUGAAUCGGUGUAUGGAACGGUUCGCAGCUCCAUUAUCAGCAUGGAGCCGCUUCCAAACAUGAACCAAACAUAUGCUAAAGUGAAGUCCGUGGAACGGGUCCAGACUGUGGUGCGAGGAAGGGAACAGCAAGGAGCUCAGAUGGCUUUUGCGGUUCGCAGUGGAAACAUGAACAUUGGUGGAGAAGACAAGAGCAAAUUGUUCUGUACCGAAUGCAAGAAGACAGGACACGUUGCUGAAACAUGUUUCCAAGUUGUGGGAUAUCCUCCCUGGUGGGGAGAGAGAGCUAGAGGAGGAACGGGACGUGGCGGAGAUCAAAGUUUCUCGUCUAGAGGAGGAUUCGGACGUGGUGGUGGCAGAGGCGGACGUGGUCGAGGAGUUUUUGUGGGUGCUCGUGCACAUGCUGUAACAACGCAGGAAAGUGGUGAAAGCAGUAACGACGCUGAAAGAAAUGGGUUCACGGGCCUCACUAAUGAGCAGUGGAGCAAGCUGAUCAAAAUCCUCGAUGAUGGAAAACAGAGUGGCACACCUCGUCUAAGUGGUAAGAUUGAAUACUAUGAUUGGGUACUUGAUACUGGAGCAUCUAACCAUAUGACAGGUUCUGCUGAUUUUCUUGCUGAUUUGAAAUAUAUAUUGCCUUGCUCUAUUGGUUUGCCGAAUGGUCAACAAACGUUGACAAGAACGAAGGGAACAGUGGUGUUUGAUAAGGAUUUCAGUCUUAAGAACGUAUUGUUGGUUCCUGAACUGAAGUGCAAUUUGAUCUCUGUGUCUCAACUAAUCGCAGAUACAGAUUGUGUUAUGCAAAUUGCUAACAAAGGUUGUGUACUUCAGGACCGUAUAACGAGGAAUCUGACUGGAGCAGGGGAACUUAGAGAAGGGCUCUAUUUUUUCCGAAGGAUUUCGACUUUUUCUGCUUUGCGUACGAAUAAAGAUGGAGCUGAGGAGCUGUGGCAUCAGCGAUUUGGACAUCCGUCAAACACUGUUUUUGAUUUAAUUCCUUUUGUUGGAAAUAGGAGUAUGGAUUUUUCUACUUGUGGAACUUGUUUGAAAGCUAAACAAUGUCGUGAGGUUUUUCACUCAAGUGAUAAUAAAAGUGAUGGUAUUUUUGAUUUGAUUCACACAGACCUAUGGGGUCCUUAUCGUACUCCCAGUCUCUGCAAUUCUUUUUACUUCUUGACUAUCGUGGAUGAUUUCUCUCGAGCUGUGUGGGUAUACUUACUUCACGAUAAGUCACAGGUUGGGAUAACCUUAAAGAAUUUCUUGGCUUUGGUCUCCCGGCAAUUUGAUAAACGAAUCAAGAUACUUCGAAGUGAUAAUGGAACUGAGUUUACAUGUUUAACAUCAGGGCUGCGUGAACAAGGCAUUAUACAUCAGACUUUGUGUUUAGGCACACCGCAGCAAAACGGCCGAGUAGAAAGAAAACAUCGUCACAUCUUGAAUGUGGCAAGAGCAUUGUUGUUUCAAUCAUCGCUUCCCGUCAAGUUUUGGGGCGAGAGUGUGUUGGCAGCAGCUUAUUUGAUCAACAGAACGCCAUCUAGCGUCUUGAAAGGUAAAACACCUUAUGAAGUGAUCCAUGGGAAAAGUCCCAUAUAUGAUAAUCUUAGAGUUUUUGGCUGUCUAGCGUUUGCUCACAAGCAAAAACGCGACGGAGAUAAGUUUGAUGUGCGGAGUAGAAAAUGCAUCAUGCUUGGAUAUCCAUUCGGGAAGAAAGGAUGGACAUUGUUUGAUCUAGAAAAAGAAGAGAUAUUUGUCUCACGUGAUGUAGUAUUCAUUGAAAAUAAUUUUCCCUUCAAAACUGAGGAGACUUUACGUGAAGACAACAUCUCUGGUAUGUUGAGUGAAACAGAGGAGGAUGAUGAUACAUACACAGAUGAUGGAGAUCAAGAUGCAGAAAAUGAUGGUGUGGUUGAAGAAGUUGAGGCUGAGACUGCUAGUGAGGCAGAACAUGAGGAUGUAGAAGUACCAUUACCUGAGACGGGGAUGGAAAACAGUGAUGAAGUUUCUGCUGUAGUUGAGCAAGACGAACCUGCUGCUCAAAACGAGGCUGCAGCUGAGGUCAGAACAGAAGAGUUGGGUCGUGGGUUGAGGCAAAAGACAACAUCAGUGAAGUUAAAAGAUUUUGUCCUCAACGCGAUCAAGACGGAUGAAAUCCCAGAGUUUCUUGCUGAUGGAGGCUCAAGUGAAUAUCCAAUUUCUGUGUUUAUUGAUAGUAGCUCUUUUUCACCAAAAUAUCGUGCUUUCUUGGCUGCUGUUACUGCAGGAACAAAACCGGUUCUGUUUCGAGAUGCCGUCAUCGAACGUGUAUGGUGUGAUGCUAUGCAUGUGGAAAUUGGAGCAUUGGAAAAAGCUCGUACAUGGGAUUUAACAGAGCUACCUCCGGGAAAGAAAGCCAUCGGGUGCAAAUGGAUUUACAAGAUUAAAUUCUUGUCGACUGGUGAAGUGGAAAGAUACAAAGCUCGAUUAGUGGUUUUGGGGAACAACCAGGAAGAAGGGACCGAUUAUACAGAAACAUUUGCUCCGGUCGUAAGAAUGACCACCGUUCGUACAUUCUUGGGAGUAGUUGCGGCUAAGAAUUGGGAGUUGCAUCAAAUGGAUGUACACAAUGCCUUCCUACAUGGUGAUUUAGAUGAAGAAGUGUACAUGAAGCUUCCACCAGGAUUUAGAGUGAAUGGAGCAGAUGGAUCCAAUUUGGUGUGUAAGUUGAGGAAGUCUCUUUACGGCUUGAAACAGGCGCCGCAAUGUUGGUUUGAGAUGCUGAGAGGUGCUCUACUUGAUUACGGGUUCUCUCAGGCGCGGACUGAUUAUUCGAUGUUCUCGAUGCGGAAAAACGGUUCCGAAAUCUAUGUUUUAGUAUACGUAGAUGAUCUGAUCAUUGGAGGGAAUGAUUCAGAUGGUAUUAAAAGCUUUAAAGCUUAUCUUAGUGAAUGUUUUCACAUGAAGGAUCUUGGAGGUUUGAAAUAUUUCCUCGGGAUUGAAGUAGCGAGAAGACCUGAAGGAAUUUUCUUGUGUCAACGAUAA